AUGUUUCGACUUCUUGUACCCCUCGUCGGUACCCUUCUAUGCCAUUCGUCAAACUCGUUCGUUUUGCGCAGCCCAAUAAGCACGGGCAAUACGGGGUGUCAUUCGCCUAUUGUAACAAGCGCCCUCCGACAACAAAAACAGGCCGCAGACGAUUGGGAUCCACAACAGCAAGAACCUACCGACCAAGAGCUUAGUCACUCGGAUGGUUCUAUCCUUUUCAAGCGUCGCGAUGCGAUGACUGCAAGUAGAGAUUGUGCAAUAUUGCUAAGCACCAUGCUGUUGGGAUCUCCAUUGGCCGAGGCCGCGACGGAUGGUGCUGCUGGUAUUGGCGCGGACCCAAAGCAUCCCGUUGUCAUUUUGGGAGCCGGUGGCCAGUGUGGGAAAUUGUGCACCCAAAUUUUGAUCAGCAAGGGACUAUAUGUACUUGCUACCACACGAGAUGGCCGCGCCGUUUUGAAAGAGGACUCUCCAUUUGUCACAUAUGCUUCCUGCGACAUUACCAAGGAAACCGUCGUGAACCAGGCACUAUCCGGCGCUUCCGGAGUCAUUUUUGCGGCUAGUGCUAGUGGUAAAGCCAAAGGCGGUGUCGCUCGUGAUGUCGACUAUAUUGGUGCCAUGAACACUGCUACUGCUUGUAUUCAACAAAAGGUUCCAAAACUAGUUUUGCUUUCAGCAGGAACUGUCACCAGACCCGAUGCACCAGCAUUCAAGCAAACAAACUAUUUUGUCAAGGAUUACUUUGGGGAAAAGUUUAUGGAUUACAAGAUUGCUGGAGAAAGCGCUGUACGUGAUAUCUAUGCUGCUCAGAAACAACAAGGAGGCAAAGGACAACUAGGCUAUACCAUCAUUCGACCAGGUGCAUUGAAUGGACGACCGUCCAAGGGACCUGCAAAGCUUCAUCUUUCACAAGGUGAUAUCUACAGCUCGGAGAUUUCACGGGAGGAUGUUGCAUUGGUGACAGUAGAAGCCCUACUCAAAGGAAAGGAUACUGAUUUCGUUACCUUUGAACUAAACCAAAUUGGUGGACUGAAAAAGUGUAUCGCGUCACUAGAUGACUUGCCAAGUGAGCUUGUCCACGCAGGUGCACCUACAUUCAGCGAACUACUUGGUGGACUUGUCACUGAUUCUGAUAUGAAGGCAAAGUAUCCGAAUGUUGUCAACGAUUUUCGUGGGGAUAUUGUUCGCUGA